AUGCCAUCUUCACUCCAUUUGCCUGAUCUCUACGUACCAGAAAUCUCUCACAAUACCAACCUCGGUGUGUUAAACGACGAGCCAAAUAAAAAUGCCCAAUCAACACCCUUGGAAGCCGCAGGUGCUCAUUUGGCUGGAUCGUCUAUCAUUCCUUCCCAAGCCUCAAAAUUUCACUUUUGUCCAAAGGUGCUGGCUAGCAUAAAAAAACUCACUGAAGAUGUGGAAGAAGAAAUGGGUGUAAACUAUCUCGACUUGGUUAAGAUGCCAGAGGCGAGUGGCGCAGGCAUCUACAAUGCCUGGACAUCAACCUCCCAGCCUGUCCCAUUGGUACUACCUACCUCGAAUUCAAUACAACAGUCAAUGCCCGAAGAAAUUGAGGAUUCAUACGAUCCUCGGAAUGGAUUUGAGCCACCAGCCGCCACAGCAGCGAUACCUACACAGAUGAGCACCUUCCCGGAGCUAAUAAACUCGCACAAUAUGACUUCUUUAAGUAGAAGACGUGAUGUUGAAAUAUCAGCGUCACUGUCGACGCCGGCAGGUCCCUCUCGUUGGCAUCGAGAGGAAAGGGCAUACGGUGAGCCGAUCCAGCCAUCGAUUGACUGGAGUGAGUGGCUCGAACACGAAGUGGAGGCACCAUCGUUGUAUCCCAAACAUUCAGAAUUCACGGGCUUUCCUACCCACAAUACACUAUCUGACGCCUUCAAUGGAUCUUCUUAUCAACGGAAUAACGGGAUGAAUGAUCUUGCUCCAUGGUCAACCAAAAGACCAUUACCAAUCUCAUCAUUCGCAAGCCUAAUCCCUGAAUUGAAUACUGCGCCGAUGCACAACGCGAAUGGUGAUGAAAUAUCAUCAUCUCCAACUCCCUACGGGAGGACCGCUGAUGCCGCCCAGUAUCAGGGCAUGUUUUACGACCAUGCUCAGCCAUGGUUUCAGGCGGGUGAGGGUUCCAACACCCAUCAUCCAUCAACGUCUUUCUCCUCAGAAAGAGAGAAGAAAGAGAUAAUCACAUCUGGAUCGAUCAAGGAUGGACACGAAGAGCUUCGCUCCAGGCUCACAAGUGAGCCUGUAGAGCGUCAAGACAUCAACGAAGCCCAAACAAAUGAUGGAGGACUAAGGACUCACAAGGGGAAAAAUGCUUUUAGGGACAAGAUCACGUCUCGAAAGAGGCGACGCGAGGACACGAACUCGGAGAUCGAGUCCGCUGGAGACCCCCGGCUGCCCAUAAAACCCAAGGUGCAGGAGUCCCGGGACACCGUGCCAGGAGACAUUAGCACAGAGGUACAGGGCUCCCGGGGGAAGCCCAGAAAGUUGAACCCGAGGGCGCCAGCAAUGAUGAGGUCGUACACACACAACUUGACCCCGCUGACGACGCCUGAGGCAAAGGAAGGGGGCUUUGUCCCACUUGUAACUGCAGAGGAGAAAACAGCUGACAAGGAAUUUGGUGACCACCAAAUGCCCGUUAGCAUGGACAAUAUAACGAUGGAGUAA